ACCGUCUAUUGAUUAAUUUUAUUAAUUGCUUUUCAUUGUUACCUACUGUGAGUCUUUUCCGUUUUGGCCAGCUUAGAGUUAACUUGUGCGUGCGUGAUUUUUCUAAGUUUCUGAACAGCAGAGUUACAAGUUAUAGCAAUGGUUUCAGUGGUAGUCAUUAACCAGUAUGAGCAUCACAUGCCCAUGAUGCUUCUACAUGAUGUAUGCAGUCGUUUCAUAAUCGACUUGCCACAACUGUAUAAGGACAAUAUGAUGAGAAUCUGCUCACAAGUGGAAUUGGCUCACUGGUUCUAUUUAGAUUAUUACUGCGCCAUGGAAAAUUCUUCUCUGCGACCAUGCGGUAUAAGGAUAUUUGCAACACAUGUUUUUCAGUAUGUGCCAUACCUCCGUGAAAACCUGAACCGAGUACAUGAAUUUAUAGAUAACUGGCGAAAUUUUAAGAAGCUAAUACCGCGGUUUGGGGCCAUAUUGUUGGAUUCAGAUCUCACACAUAUAGCGCUGGUCCAGUCUUUCUUUUCCAGACCUACUUGGAGCUUCCCUAAGGGGAAAAUUUAUGAAGGUGAAAUGCCAUGGACAUGUGCAACUCGAGAAGUGUUUGAAGAAACAGGUCUGGACAUAAGCACACUUAUCAAUAAGGCAGACUACAUCGAAGCAACCAUACAUACCCACCGCGUUCGUUUGUAUGUAGUCGCAAAUAUACCUCGUAACACAGAGUUUAUCCCACGAACUCAACACGAAAUAAAAGCCAUUGAAUGGUUCCCAAUCGAUUUUUUUCCAAUUAACAGAUAUGACAUGACGAAAAAAGUAAAAAUGGGAUUCUGUUAUAAGUAUUUCUAUUCAGUACAACCGUUUAUUAAACAGAUCAGGAUGUGGGUCCAAGUGAAUCGUGGGAAAUUACAUUUCCAUAGAGUAAAAUAGCUUUUAGCUCUACUAGUCCCCUUAAAACGAAAAAACGGCCUAGUCGAAAUGUCAACUGUACCUAUACACCACAAAAUGAUAAAUAGUAGAAAACUUCUUGCAUUUUAUAUUUUAGUUUUUACAGCAUUCAAUUUUUUAUAAAUAUUUUUAAAAAUAAAAAAAAAAUCGUCACGAGGCGGGACUCAAACCCGGUCACUUGGUUAGGCAUGCACGAAAGGAUGCGGGUUCGAGUCUAUUCUUUAUUAAUUUAUAUUUAGAAAACUUUUUUUUUUGAACUUCUGUAUCAAACAUGAAAUUAAAAAUUGUUAAAUUUAAUUCUAGAUGUAAAUAUGUACAAUGUACAUUUCUAUUUAAUUAUAAUAUCUAGAGAAUAAGUAUACUAAGUUAAAUUAUUUAAACCUUAAGCUAUGUUGGACAUUGUUCCUUCGCCUCUUUUGUCGUUAUUAAUAAAGAUACAUUUUAAAUAUA